AUGCCGCCUUCUAACGGGCACCUGCUGCUCCCCAAGGUUUGGAGAGCAGCCAGGUCUGCCUAUGACAAGGCCUGCAAAACAUUAAGAUCGAAAUUUCCCGAUCAAGUUGCCCAGGGCCCGCUGCGCCUUCAGCCGGAAUACAUACGGGUCGCUCACAGACAACCGAUCAACCGAGCGGCUGCUAUUCGUCAGGCCCGUAGUCGUCAAUUCUCCACUCGUGCGGCGCGUUCCUUCGUCUCCUAUAUCCGCAGUGGUCUCCAGACAGACCGCACUGCGGCAACGAAGGUAUCGUCCAUUGCCUCGAAUGUGAGCCGAUUGACUACCCGGGCGCCAUUCGCGUCAGCACUGCGCCCGAACUUGACCGGUGGCACUUUGGGCCGCACGGCUGGAGGUUAUACAAUUGGUGCCGGCCGCAUUGGUGGUGCCCGGUACUUCUCGCAUGGGCCUGCUGCACCAGCUCAGGUUAUCAACAAUGUGUCAAUGGGCGUCCGUGCGUUCUUUCUCUCCGGGCAGAAGGCUCGAUUUGAUGGGGUCGAUCCCCUCACGGGAAACAAGCAGUACAAGGCCGUGAGCAAGCUUCAGGACGAGGCUGAGCGCAAAAUGGCCGGCAUUCCCCACACUGCUCCCGGAUCUUUCAUCGAUUUCCAGAUCUCCCCAACCAUCACUGCCUUCGGCUUGCAGAAGAAUUCGGUUGCCACUAGCGCCUGCAAUGAUCAGACAAUCAACUCGGAUGGCCUCCUGGACUUGUUGUCUGGUGACUUCGCCCGGGCUCUCAAGGACUUCGCUGUCGUCCUCAAUGACCUCAAGCGCUUGAAAACUUUGGGUGAUAUGCCCGUCGAACUUCACGACCGGUCCACGAUCAGGGUACGGUUUCCGGGAUGCGAUGCUGAAACUGUUGAACGGCUCUGUGAUGAAGCAGGCAUUCAACGAGGAAAGGUCAUGCAAGAUGAGGACUUCGACUUGCGUACGGGUGCUGAUCUUGCUCUACUGUUUCCCUUUGCUCCCAGCAUCCCAGCGUCGCCGCAGGUGGACGAGUACUUCUACAAGCCUCAGUCUGUGAAAUCUUAUGCUCCUGAAGAAGUUGAUUGGCAUGCCAUGAUGUCCCCAUCGGGGAGUAGCAAUGUGGCGCCUAGUGUACACAGACAGCCUUCUAACCAGAUCAGCUUCGAAGACGUGACCAUGUUUGCUGAGAAUCCUUGGGCGUCGCCCCUUUCGGGAUAUUCCAGCAUCAAUGUGAGCGAGCUUGGAGACCAUGCCUACUUCCCCGAGACGUUGAGCAGUGGAAUCCCCGCUACUGCUUCGGAGUACGACGGUUCCGACGGAAUCCGCAAGUUCAUUGCUGAAUGCGACAAGGUUGCGCGACGUUGA